AUGCCGCGUUCUGCCGGAGAGUCGGACGACGAUGCGUCCAUGAGCGGGUCUGAGGGAUCGGUGGAUGAUGAGGUCCUCGAGCAGGUGUUCAAGUUCGAGGAAGUCCUCGUCAAGCGGCCACACGACGACGCAACGCGCUGCAAGCUGAUCGCGUUGCUGGACAAGUACCCCAAACUGGAGACGCAAGUGUAUCAGGCCAGAGACCAGUACGCAAAAGUCGGACUCAUGCCGCCCGAGAUGUGGCAGGAAUGGAUCGAGGGGUAUCGUCGUACAGCCGAGAACCUCGUCGAGCUGUACGAGCGGGCUGUGCAGCACUUCGAGGUGCCGAGCCUCUGGGCCGCAUACCUCAAAGCCUUCGCCAAACAACCAAGCGUGGCCUCCUUCGACGCCGAGGGCCUCAAAGAAUUCAGGGCGCUCGCGGAGCGGGCCGUGGCCGUCGCCGGCCAGGAUCUCAGUCACGGCGGCGCUGUCUGGGACGCGUGGCUCGAAACGGAGUACGCCGCCGCGCAUGCCGGUGCCGCGAGCAGCGACGACGUCGACGAGGUCGCUCGCCGCCGGCUCGCGCUGCCCCUCGCGGACGGGCCCGCCGCGCUCGAGCGGUACAAGCAGUGGCUCGGCGGGCGCGAGGUGCCGCAAAAGACGCUCCGCGCGCACGCCUCGGCCACGUCGCUGCUGGCGCGGCGCAUGCCGUUCGAAUCGCAGCUCGCGGCCCCCGACGGCAAGGGCAUCGCGCGCGAGCCGCUGAAGAAGUACAUCCAGAUCGAGAAGGCCGCGAAGAACGACGCGCACGUCGCGUGCCUCUACGAGCGCGGCGUCGCAGCCGCCCCCGACGACGAUGAGCUGUGGCGCGAGUAUGGCGCGUUCGUUGCGGCGCGGAGCGGCGCGCGGGGCGGCCCGAAGAGCGCGGUAGACGUGUAUACGCGGGCGCUGAAGCGGCAGGCCGUGCGGUCGCGGUCAGGGGUGCUGUGGCUCGAGCUGCUGCGGGCGAUUGACCACGCGCAAGAAUUGGCCAUGGAGGGCGAGGAUCUGGACGGGGCCGCGGAUCUGGCGGCGAAGCAGAGCGGGGUCUUCGUUGAGGCGGUGGAGGUGCUGUCUGCGGACGGCGGGAAGGCGGAGGAUGUGGUGGAGGUCGCCCUAGCCUGCAGCGACAUGCUGGGGCGUAUGGCGCGCGGGGGGGGGGAGUGGGGGCCUGACAGCGGUGCGCUGGUGGUGGAGGAGUCGGCGGAGUGGCACCGGGCCUCGCUCGCGCACGCGAUGAAGGUGCUACAGGAGCGGUGCGGCGCGGAGAUCUUCGAUCCUCGAUUGGAGUUGCACGCAGUGUGUGCCGAGGCGCAGGGGAGCAAAGAGGAGGGCGCGCAGGUGUGGGAGGGCGCGGUGAAGGGCCCGCACGGGAAGCUCGCGAACACGUGGAUCGCGUACGCGGAGUUCCUGCGGCGUGCGGGGGAUGUGGCGGGCGCGCGGGGGGUGUUCAAGAGGUGCUACCAGCGGCACCUGAAGCCGGACGACGGGCGCGUGUGCCGCGCGUGGGAGCGCAUGGAGGGGCGGUACGGCACCGCGGCGUCGGUCGCGGACUGCCGCGCGAAGAUUGCGGCGGCGGGGAAACCAGGCGACGCGGCGCAUGGCGGUGAGGCGGCGAACGGGCGGAAAGACGCCGCGGACGCGGGCAAGAAGGGCAAGGGCGAGUCCUCGAAGCGGAAGCGCGACGACUCCAGCGCGGCGGUCGCGGCGCCGAAGCGCGCCCGGGGCGACGCGGGCGCUGGCGAGGGCGCCGUGACCACCCCCGCGCAGGGUGAGGGCGGCGGGCCCGUGCGGCAGUGGCACGACGACAGCAACACGGUGUUCGUCAAGGGCAUCAAGGCGGAGGUGACGUCCGACACGCUGCGGGGCCUGUUCGAGCCCGUGGGGGGUCUCAAGGAGGUGCGCAUGGUGAUGGACAAACACCACCCCGACCGACACAGGGGGUGUGCGUACGUGGAGUUCGAGGCGAAGGACAACGUCGAGCGCGCCGUGGAGCUCAACGGGACGGAGCUCGCCGGGGCCACGCUGUUUGUAGCGGUGUCGAAUCCGAGGUCUGGAGGCGGUGGCGGACGCGGUGGGCGCGGCCGCGGGGGCAGGUUCGAUGGCGGGAGGGGCGGGCGGUACGAGGGGGGUCGUGGGCGCUACGGCAGGGGCCGGUUCGACGGCGGCGGCGGCGGCGGGCGCGGGCGGCGGGGGGGUGUUGGAUUUUCGGGGGGUGUCGACAACGCGCACAGCCAUCAGAGGAACCGGCUCGACGUCGACGGCGGCGGCCCCGCGCCGCCGCUGUCGGCCUCGGCGUCCCUGGUGCCGCGGAGCUUGCUGGCGCGGUCGGCGGCGGGCGACGAGCCACAGAAGAAGCCGAUGUCCAACAACGACUUCCGAAGCCUUCUUGGCGGCGGUGGAGCUGCCAAGAAGCAAGACGAGUGA